UUUCCCUCUCUUUCUCUCUCUCUUCUUUCUCUCUCUUCUCUCUCUCUCUCUCUUGUUUCUCUGUGAAUCGAUCGGAAAUGCAGGAGACGGACCUCCACGAUCUCUCCGAUGAUGCCGAUUACGCCGCGUCGCAGCAGCAGGGCUCGGCGAGCAUUAUGCGUAGCGACAGUGGCCGACAGAGCUGUUCGUCGAGCGAUUCUGACGGCGCCGAGGUGGUUUACUGGAAGGACAACGUCACGAUUCAUCCGACGCAGUUCGCGUCCGAGAGGAUUAGCGGAAGGUUGAAGUUGAUCAAGCAAGGCACUUCACUGUUCAUGACGUGGAUUCCUUACAAGGGGCAGAAUUCGAACGCCAGACUUUCUGAGAAAGAUAGGAAUCUGUACACAAUAAGGGCGGUGCCUUUUACGGAGGUGCGGUCGGUUCGCCGGCACACUCCGGCGCUCGGCUGGCAGUACAUUAUUGUGGUCUUGUCCUCAGGACUUGCAUUUCCUCCUCUUUAUUUCUAUAAUGGAGGAGUCAAGGAGUUUCUUGCUACAAUCAAGCAACAUGUUUUUCUCGUGAGGUCAGCUGAAGAUGCAAAUGUAUUUCUUGUCAAUGAUUUUCAAAAUCCACUCCAGAAAACUUUGUCUUCUUUGGAGCUGCCUAGGGUUGUUUCUGUUGCAAGUGGGGAAUCUAAUGUUGGUGAGUCCCCUUUAGAUCAAAGUCAGGACAGGUCUGGUGGGAAUGUUCGUGAUGGAAGUUUAAGUAUUUCUCGAUAUAGUGGAAGACCGAGGCAAAAGGCUCAGGAUCCUGCUCGAGAUCUCUCUAUUCACGUGUUGGAAAAAUUCUCGCUCGUAACCAAGUUUGCUCGAGAAACAACUUCACAAAUUUUUGGUGAUGCUCCUAAUAAUGGAUUUGGUACUACUGAGAAAAGAAACUAUAAUCAAUCUUCCAUUGAUUAUCGCCAGAAGCCAUCCAAUUUUCCAGAGAAGGCUGCUAAAGAAACUCCCGUACCUUCGGAUCCUCUCGAGUUUGAUAAAUUAGCACUAGUAUGGGGAAAACCACGACAGCCACCUUUGGGCCCUGAAGAGUGGGUCACAUUAUUGGAUUCUGAAGGGAGGGUCACUGAUCCAGAAGCUUUAAGAAAAAGAAUUUUUUAUGGGGGAGUUGAGCACAUAUUACGGAAAGAGGUCUGGGCAUUCUUGUUGGGACACUACGCAUAUGAGUCAACAUAUGCAGAGAGGGAAUAUCUUAGGUCCGUUAAGAAGUCAGAGUAUGAGACAAUAAAGAACCAGUGGCAGAGUAUCUCGCCACAACAGGCAAAGAAAUUUACAAAAUUCAGAGAGAGGAAGGGUCUUAUUGACAAAGAUGUGGUGAGGACUGACAGGUCACUUUCCUUUUAUGAUGGGGAUGAUAAUCCAAACGUGUGUCUUUUACGUGAUAUUCUGUUGACAUACUCAUUUUACAACUUUGAUCUUGGUUACUGUCAGGGUAUGAGUGACCUUCUUUCCCCAAUAUUGUUUGUGAUGGGGGAUGAGUCCGAGUCAUUUUGGUGUUUCGUUUCACUAAUGGAACGCCUGGGACCUAAUUUUAAUCGUGACCAAAAUGGCAUGCACACUCAACUCUUUGCAAUUUCUAAGUUGGUGGAAUUGUUGGAUAGCCCACUGCAUAGUUACUUCAAGCAGCAUGAUUGCCUGAAUUACUUCUUCUGUUUUCGCUGGGUUCUAAUACAAUUCAAAAGAGAAUUUGAAUAUGAGAAAACAAUGCGCCUUUGGGAAGUAUUAUGGACACAUUAUUUGUCUGAGCACCUACACCUGUACUUGUGUGUUGCAAUCUUAAAGCGGCAGCGUAAUAAGAUAAUUAGCGAGCAGAUGGACUUUGACACACUCCUGAAGUUCAUUAACGAAUUGAGCGGUCACAUUGACCUCGACUCGGUUCUCAGGGAUGCCGAGGCUUUGUGCAUAUGUGCUGGUGAGAAUGGUGCAGCUUGCAUUCCACCCGGAACGCCGCCUUCAUUACCUAUUGCUGACAAUGGGUUGUUGUAUCCUCAAGAGGACGAUGUAUUGUAAUUCUUGUCCCUAGUACGGGAGGGUCGACAUGACAGCUUUGGUACUCCAAAGACUAUUGCCUAAAACGCCUUCUUUGUGUAAUUGUUGAUUUCCAAAGAAAGGAAACUGCCAAAUCGUUACUCUGAAUCGAAUCAAUGUAUCAAAUUAGAUGUCUUUUCCUAAAUCAUAUUUCUCUGCCUCAAUCUCAAUAUGGUUUCUAUCUUAACUGGCAUUAAGCCCUUUUUAUAUGAGACUGGCCGUUGCAGGUU